CAGAACAAGCGACAGCAUGUGGCCCGCUAGCUAAUGUUAACGUGACUUCCCUCUCCUCUCGCUCUCUCGGCUCGUAUUUAUUACAGCAACAAAGAAUGGACCCCCUCCUUGUUUUUGGUUGAAUGUACGGAAACGUAAUUACCACCGUAUUCUCCCUAGUUGUGUUAUGCUAGCCCUAGCGGUAGACUCCCUGACACGCCGAGCUACCGCUGCUAACGCUACUCUGCGACCCCCCCCGGCUGAGCUGCUGGCUUCAGCUCACGUUUGGUGACGUUACACCUCGUGAAAACCUACUUUUUGUUUUUUAAUAGUUAAAGCCGAACGACGCGCACACUGGACUUUAGGUAGCGAGUUGUGCAACGCUCCUUUCCGUUGCGUUUAACUUUUGUCUUCCUCGUUGUGCGGCUGCUGGUGGGCGCUGCUGUUUUCGUUUUGGGACUAAACCCCCCCCCCCCGUAAAGUCUGCGCUGUCUACAAAGCACAUUUUAUUUUUAAACUUUUCAAUAUCACUUUUUUUACGUGUAAUACUUGUGGUCGUCGCGUGGCUCUCGGAGUGACCUCUUUGAUUUAAUGGGUCCAAUCAUUGGGAUGUCACCAGAUAAGAAAACGGAAAUCCCGGGUAUGCAAGAGGAGCGGACGGGGCUCCGGGGCACGUGUGGCAUGGGAACCCUCCCGGAGGCGGAGUGCGCGUCCAGCCCGCUGGCCACCAGUGUGGAUCGCGCCGGAGGCACCGAGGACGAGGAGCUCACGAACCUCAACUGGCUCCACGAAAACCUGCUUCAGAACUUCACCCUGGGGGGCCCGGAGGCUCAGCCCAGCGGCAGCCCUCUCUUCGACAUAGAGGGCGACUACGGGUCCGGCCAGGGCCCGUCGUCGUCCUCCUCGUCCUCGUCACACGGCAGAGGCCGCGAGCGGGACUCGUUGAAGUCCAAGCCCCCGUUCUCCUUCUCGCUGCUCAUCUACAUGGCCAUCGAGCAGUCUCCCAGCAAGUCUUUGCCCGUCAAGGAAAUCUACGGCUGGAUCCUCGAACACUUCCCGUACUUCUCCAACGCUCCCACCGGCUGGAAGAACUCGGUCCGUCACAACUUGUCCCUGAACAAAUGCUUCCGCAAGGUCGAGAGGAGUUUGGGGAAGGCCAAUGGAAAGGGUUCUCUCUGGUGUGUUGACCCGGAGUACCGCCCCAACCUGAUCCAAGCCCUUAAGAAGCAGCACUUCCCUGCCGCAUAUGCCUUCUGCACACCACCCGCCUCCCCACCCAGUGCCUCCUCGCCCCCCCGUCAUCCCUUUCUACAAGGCUGCUCAUUCAAAGAGUCUGACAUUGAUGCUGCCACUGCCAUGAUGCUCUUAAACUCUGCCCCCGGGCACCACGUUGACCCAUGCAAUUCCGACGGCCCGCUGGACCUCUCCCGACCCGACUCUGUCCUGGUGAGCAGCGAUCCCAAGCAGGACCACAACUACAGCAGCGUCGCCAUGCAGCGCUGCUCCUCCCGCUCCUCCUCCUCGUCCCUCUCCUCCCUGGACGAAGGAGGCUGCGAGCGCCGGCAGUCCCACCGCGCCGGCAGUGAGGGCUUCCACAGCGACGAGGACUCCGACCUCUGGGACGAGAGGGGCGUCCACCAGACUUCUCGACGCCCGCCGGCCAUCAAGUGGCCCGCCGGCAAGAGGGCGCGGCGCGAGGCGAAGCCCGAGCUGGACGAGGAGCUGAAGGAGGCCGCCGGGUCCUUGCUGCACCUCGCCGGUAUACGCAGCUGCACGGAGGGCUCCAAACGCACUGUCAAGAGCACAAAACUGAACAGGAAAUGAGAAUUGCUUUCGCCUCACCAACCCCCCCCCCCCCUCCCUAAUCCCCCCCCAUCAGACUCCGGACCCUGUGGACCCUAACCUCUGACCCCUGAUCGUGUGUCCGAGUGUGCCUCCUUCUCCUUAUCUGAUCGUUCAUUGGCCAUUUGGAGCCUUUUUUUUGUUAGGGAGUAUCCCUGUCCAACAAACUAAUGGCAAUAGUAUCGUUCACACAGGAGAACAAAGCCAUAUAGACUUUUGUAACUCGGAGGGGUCUGGUGUUUGGGCUACGGAGAAACAUCAAGGAAAACCUAUCCAAAAUGACCUGCCUGCUUCUGUUGGAUUAGAAGAUUGUGAUUUUUUUUUUUUCCUCAAAAAGACAUAAUGGGAAAAAGCUGAAGGUUUUAUAACUCAAAGCGUUGCAUGCUUCCUCCUCAAACCUGUAUCCUCUUCCAAGUGAAUCUAUUUAUGAAGCGAAUGAAUGCAUGUUUGUAACAGACAAAACCUAACCUCCUGGUGUUAUCCAUUUUCUCCUGCUAAAGACAAAAAAAUUCCACACUUUUAAAAGGAAUUCCUGUUCCACAAAUCCUCUUGUAAGAGAGAUGCAAUAAUUAUCCACAACCUUAACUUUUUUUGACUUGAUUUCAUGUUGGCAUUUUUCCGAGUUGGGUAUGCUAGUUGAACUUUACAAUUAAGAAAAUGAAUGGAGUAGUACUAUUAUCUUGUUAUGCGGUAGUUAUUACACACAAGCUCUGGCUCCAUUUCAGGAUUAGCAAGAUGUGGAAAUAGUAUUACUCUACCACUGCCAAAUUUAGUUGCAAAGUUAGCUACACCACUUCGCUCAGUUUUGUGCGUCCAUUACAUUGCUAUACAAAUGAAAGCUGUUUUUUAUUUUUAUUUUGCAAAUCAGCUGCUCAUCCUGUCGACCCCCUUUGUUCAUCAGUGUGUUUUUGACAUUCGUUGUGCAGACAUAUAUUCACAUGUUUGGUGACAGCCUAUGCAAAGUAAGCAUCUGCCACUUGUUGCCAGAUGUUCACUGCCUGUUCAUAGGUGAACCUCCAUAGAUUUAAUUUGAUUUUGCGUGUCUCGUGUGCGUGCCUGUUUCAUAGUGCAUGUCGACUUCAGCCUCAACCUGAUAUAUGACGGUCUUGACAGAAAGGGUUUGAAAUUGUCAAACACUUUCUCCUCUACUGAGUAAGUACUCGAACCCCCCCGAUGUGAUCGGUGUAAUGACGUAUCUUCUGGCUGGUACUCCACCUGCUCCGGGUCCUUUUUCAAUGGAGAGCUGGUUAAUAACCAGAAUAAGGAGCGGGCGGCAAACUAAAAUAGCGACUCCUUCCAUUAUUUGGGUUUGCAGCACUCCUCUGUGUACUUUUGGAAAAUGACAAAUUGAUACCGCUCAUUUUCUGUUGGCUGGACCUGUGGUAAAGUUAAUUCACAACUUGAGAGAGGCUGUGUCUGUUCUGGGGAAAGGAAACUGUAAAGGUGCGAUCACUGUGCAUACUCGAGGUCAAAGGGUGAGGAGGGAACCGUACGUGGCCAGAAAGAACUGGAAGGGGUGGCAGACCUGUGACUCUCUCAUGGCUCUGGUCGGCCACAAGUGUUUCGUCCUCGCUCUUCCUCCUAGAACAAAAUGAUAGAAGUGCACGCUCUCUUCUCAAGCUGCGAAAUGGAGUGUUUGCUGUCAGUUGAUUGCAUGCAGUUCACUGAGGGGAAGUUGCGAGCCGCUUGUGCAAAAGGCCAAAAGUGUCAUUUGUACUAUUAAAAAAAAAAAAAGGCGAUAUGCUGGCAGCACACAAUACAAGGUAGCAUGGAAGCCCAUUGAGGUAAACAAAGAGAAAAUCAUAAUAUCGCUUCCCGCAGCACUAGAUCACAUCGUCGCAGUGACUGUUAGUAUAGCAUGCAUGGUCAGUGCCAAACAUUUUCCCGUGCCACUGGUGUAAAAGUGCAAAGGGCGACGGUAACUGUAUUCCUCUGCUGCCACAAUGCAGCGCUGGGAGUAACAAUGCCCCAGUUUUCUCAAUCAUCCGAACAGGAAAUGGGAGAGGACGCUGGCCACUACAGUGACCUAACCAGUCUCUUGGGUUAUUUUUGUAGCUUUAGAGUGGGAACUGCUCUUAGCGGAGUACGCUGCAGUUCUACUAAUAAGUAAUACUUGCAUACACUGGUCUUGUUUAGCUGUGAAAAAAAGAACAAAUUAUUGUUCAUUAAUCAUCACCUUAUUUAUGACAUUAAUUUAUGGGAUUAUUGAAUGCAAAGUCUAUCAAAAACCGGUCAUUUUAAACAAGUGACUAGGCAGAUUUAUUUUUCUCCCUCUGUGAACACCACUUAAUAAGUAUUUCUGUUUUUCUCCAUGUCUUAUUUUACAGCAAUACACUUUUUUUUCACUAUGAUAUAGUGAUUAAGUAUUUUGCCAAUGUCUACUGUCUUUAGAGAGGGUGUUUUGUUUUUCAAUCUAACCUUGACUGCCAGGUUUUCUUGAUGUUUUUGCUUUUUGUUAUGCCGGAUAGUUUAUUAUCAUUGAUCCUUAAACCUUUUUGUUGCCAAACUUGAUGCAUAGCUGGGUUAUAAGAUUCAAGACGCAUUGCAGAAGUGAAUUUCUUUUUUUCUUUUCUUUUUUUUUUUUUUACAUUUGUCUCAUGUUAACAUUUAGAUAUUGUGACCUCAGCCAAUUAAAUAUUGGCUCUCGGGUCUCAUCACAGUCACAAAAAAAAAAACAAGUUAAAAAAAUGACUGCCACUCAUAACUCAUAAUGCUUAUGCAUGUUCAUAAUGUCAGUGAAAACUGGAUCAGACUCACCUGAUAUGAGUCAGAUCGGUGGAUGAGCCACCUAAACAUUUAGGCGUCCAACGCAAAGCCCAGUUCCUUCAUUGCUCAACACCUGUUGUCGAAUAUUGAUUACGUGAUUCUCUAAAUUUUUGUUGCAGUUCCUAAGGGUAUGAAGAACAUUUUUGUUGCCAACCCAGUAUACAUUUGUGUCAGUUGUCUGCCAUGUCUACUGAACCGACAUUUUGGUUUUUGUAUGCUAACCUCUGUUGAUAAAAUGUUUAUAAGAUUUAUUUUCGCCAAAGAUAUGCAAUUGCAUUAUAUAUGGUAUUUCAAAAAUAUUAAUAAAAACCUGUUCUUGUUUUCA